CUUCUCACUUUUCCUCGACAACAUAGAUAGGUCCAUUGAGGAGCCAAUCCUCGAACUGACCAUCUUGUUCCAAGAGAAAUACACGGCGAAGCGGCUUACUGGGUUGAGUAUAACGGAAAACUGUACUGGAAACAGCAUUUUAUCCUUCUCGCUCUCUUCAAACUUUCUCGUCGGUUGCCACUAUCAACGGGUGGCACCUCAACUUUUCGCGUUACACAUAAGAACGGUCACCCCAGCAACCUCUAACAAACAAACACCCGAAUUUCUUCUUCACCUCAUCAACAAACCCCAACCCAAACUCGCAGAGAAGCACCACCAUCAUGGCGCCCUCACUGCCAUCUCCCAUCCCCAAAACCCGCAUCGGCGGCAUCCCCGGCGUCGACCGGGGCCGCAGCCUCUUCUCCACGGAGCGCUUCGGCGCCGGCGAAACCAUCGCCAUCAUCGAAAACCCCUUGCUCGCUCUCCCAGACGACGCCAACAUGCGGACGACCUGCAACUACUGCCUCUAUGUCAGCGGGACGAUCGAGUUCGAGGGCGAUGUGGAAGCGGGGGCCCGGACGUGCAAGGCGUGCACGGGCUGCAAGGCGGCCGUGUACUGCAACGCCGAGUGCCAGCGGGCGCACUGGAAGCUGGUGCAUAAGGCCGAAUGCAAGAUGUUCAAGCGAAUCCAGGAGCGGACGGGCAAGGACUGGUUGCCGACUCCCGUGAGGGCGGUGGCGCAGGUGAUGCUGUUGUUGAAGGCUGGGGAUGAGGAGACUGUCAAGGCGUUUGGGCCUGGUGGUACGUUGGAGAGUAAUGUGGAGGGGUUCAAGACUGAUGAGGGCUUGUGGGGUGAUUUCGAAUUACAGGCUACGGGGGCGGUGGUUUAUGCGGGUUUGUUGCAGAGUGAUGAGACGUUGAAGCAGGCUAUGGAGGUUUUGUGCAAGAUCCAAACGAAUGCGUUCAACAGGUUUGAUGCCGACACGGGACAGGCGGGCAUCUAUCUUCACCCUAGUCUUUCUAUGGUUAAUCACUCUUGUGUUCCGAACGCCUACAUCGCUUUCGAGAAGCGCAAGGCCUUUCUCAAGGCGGAGAGGGAUCUUGAACCGGGCGACGAGAUUCUGAUUUCAUAUAUCGAUCACACUAUGCCUCGCCGUGCAAGGCAAGAGAGUCUUCGACUCUAUCACUUCCAGUGCAAUUGUAUUCGUUGCAAAGAGGAUUUGAAUGCCUACGAAGUUAUUCAGGCUUGCGGGGUUUCCCCGGGUGUCAAGUGGCUCAACUCCUCCAGUUUCCAGCCGGAUGUCGCCAGCCUGGUUCCUGCUUAUAUCGAAAGGUCAAAGACAGUACCAAAGUCAAAGAUCGAGGAAAUACACUGGAAGUGUAUGGAGUUGACUUGCAUUGUUCAGGGGGAUCCUAUGGAGAAUGCGCGAGCCCAGUGGGAACUUUGCAAACCUCUCAGGGAUGCCCAGCUGUGGGCUCUCGAUCCCCUUCCUCCCACGAUUCUCAGGAUAGCUACCAUGCUGGGUUCUAACCGUACUACGCUAGCCAAGGCGCUUCCUCUACACUGCUUCAUGGCGUUGGAAUGCUAUCCCUUCAAGUACCCGGCAUCAUUCACGCCUUUCAGGGUCAAAACACUGAUGACAAUUGCAAAGCUCCUGUCCGCGGCGGGAGAUUUGACCUAUAGCGGCGAUCUUGCUCGGUACUGCGACCACGAGGGUGUUAUUGGGGUUCUGGCAACCGCUGACAUAGUUUCUUUGACCGAGGUCAUCCUUCGGCUGGUCAGGCAAAACGGCGUUAUAGGGGGUGUGGCAUCGUGGGACGUCUUAUUCGGAACCAAGGAAAUGUUGCGCGACAUCGGAGAUCUGCAGGAGCGCGACGAGAAGGACGCCGCUAUGGUCAAGCAUUGGGCAAACAAUUUGCAAGAUCCUGUGAGCAAAGCUUUCUGGGAGAACGUUGUGCUCAAGCCGAUCACACAGCUUGCGAGUUUCGCAAUUGAGAUCAUCGAGGCUGAACUGGGAGGCAACAAGAGUCUGGCUCGGAAGUAAGCCCGAAAAGAAUCAAAGAUAUUUCAGUCCUUUCUCCGCACCUAGACUCCCUUUCCUUACUUGGCCGACAGGCUAGUCUGAGGUGUCUAGCUGCAUCCCGACUGUACGCCUCCUUGUGCAGCGGCGUCGGGCGAGGCAAGGCGAAGUGUCGAUAGCUGGCGUACUUGGCAACUCUCCUGCAAUGUCUGUCUCAGGAAGCUCGGCCUCCGACGAGGUCCGUUUGUGACAGUUGGGAGAUGUCAGAUUCUUGGCAGUUUGCUGGUCACCCUCGAGCCGUUGCACCCUGCUCUUGAGAAUAUCGAAGUCUAUCUGAAGACUUUCGAUAGAGCGCAUGUUGCUCAACAGGCGUCUCAAGUCUGCAUUUUUGGCACGAAGUGUUGCAACUUCAUUCCCAUCAUUGGUGGUAGAAACGCUCUUGUUGGCUUCUGAUGCUAUGACAUCAACUUGAACUAGGAGGUCAGAGACCUGGGACCUAAGCCCCGCCAGUUCUUGUUGCAAUUGGCUUCUGACUUUGGUCAUUUCGUUGCUCGCUUGUCUGGGAAGCUCGUUCUUCGAUAAGGCAUUGUUGAAAUUCCCGCCCGGGGAGAAGUGCCACUUUCCCCUAGUGUCUCGGCUGAGCUAACUGUGCUGACACUACUAGAUGGCUCUGUGUUGUCGAGGACGCGAUCGAUGUAGAUGCUACUUUUCUUGCCUGCGUCGUCGAAUGGCACAAUUGAGCCUUGGUAGAAUAGGACAUGAUAUCUACAAGGUUAUGUUAGGCAUUGUCUUCGAUGUCCCACGCCAAUGAUCAUGUUUGACUUGCCUCUCUAGCACAUGAUUCCCG